AUGCUCAAAAUAGAUGCGCUACGAGAACUCCUCGGCUCAGACCCGGGCCAGCCAAGAAUUCAGGCUUUACUCAAUCAAUUGCACAACUCUUCGAAAAGUAUUGGUCCAGAAGUCAAAGCUUAUCCGGACGUGGUCUAUCACAACUACCGGAGCUUGGGGCUGAGUCUACAGUAUGAAGCUUGUACUUCUGGCGAUGAUGCUUCCAAAUCCACACCUGAGAACUUGCGUCUGGCCGCGAUCGACAUCUACUCGGGGCACGACGACAAGCAUUGGACCUGUUUCUCAGCUCUCCCGCUACAAGUAGACGCGAUUUCAUCCGAGGCUGGAACGCAUCCGCGUAGGUUUCUGAUCAAGUACGAGUCAACAGGCAAAGAUCUGGUAAGUGAUUUGGGCGAGCCUCAACGCAAAGGAGGUGGAGCUAAUGAUCGCUCCGGCCCCGCUGCGUGGAUGGAAUGGUGCCUCGGGCUGAACGCACCUGGGUCAGACAACAAGAAGCGAUGCAAGCUCCAGGUCGAAUUAGCAGGUCCUGCGGCUCGCGGGGCGGAUCGAUGGAACGCCGAAAAGGCCGGAGCGUGCACAUGGGCGGUCAUCACCAUCACAAACAGCUAG